UGUUGACAUCACUAUAGAUAGUCUGUGAUAGAAUUAAAACUGUUGACAUCACUAUAGAUAGUCUGUGAUAGAAUAAAAGCUGUCUGUAAACACUGAGAGCUCACAACACAAUUGACAUUGAGAUCGUCAAAGGUUAAAACCAUCAGUUCAAGUUGGCGACGUGCAGCAACUCUCAGAGGCCUGAUGCGCUGUAAUAGCACAAUUGAUGAUUCCUGUUUGUGAGUUAAAGAAUGAUUGCGCAGCAUAACCAAUGAAGAGAAGUAUGAAUGACACUUCUUACAAACCCUGUCGCUGAUCACGGAUUGAACAGACGGACAAUACAAAUCAUAAGGGGUUGUGCGCUAAGGAUUUGAAGAGCGGGGAAGGAUUUCAUCCACUUUUAUACUUUUAGCAACAAAAAGAGAUGUGAAGAGCCAUCUGUUGAACGCUCAGGUAUUGCUAGUCCACAGCCUGUUUGGGCGACUGGUAAAGGUGGAGGAAGAGAUCUAUAAGUUAUUACGCUGAAAUACGAGCUUCUUGGCUUUGAGCAACAUUUACCAUCCAUGCAUUUAACGAUCUGUGUCAAAUACUGGCUAGUUCUCACAUGAAUAUCGUGCCAACGCUGAUCUUUUGAGAGCAGAGAAGUUUCAAGGAGUUCCGACUCUUCUGGAUCUAUGUAUGCUGCCACUGUAGGAAAUGUAUCCACUGUCAAGUGUGACCAUAUUUCUGCCAGUGUGUUUCCGGCAAACUGAAAAUUCUUCUUCUCUAAAUAUGUGUCUAUUGUGACUCCUCUUUCAUCCAAAUGACUGCCGUAGUGGUCAUGGGGUAAAACUAAUCCUGUGAGCUCAUUGCUAAGUGGCGCCAUUUUUCUUUCAACCCUAUUAAAUGCACUUCUUCCUGGUGCAUUUGUAGUAAUGAACAAACCAUCAUAGUUCUGAUUGAGAAAGUGGUGUACCUCAACUUUGAUCACCUUUUAAUACCUAGGAUUUUCGUCUGGGCCACCAUCAACCGUCAACACUAAUAUUGGUUUAACAAUUUGAUCCACACCGCUCUUUGUGAUAUCAUCAAAUUCAUGUAAAGUAAGUAAUUUUUCAAAAUCAAGUCCAUGACUAAGCGCUGUGGAUGAGGAAUGUUUACCAGAUCUGAUUGAUAUGUAUUUUGGGCCGGAGUAUCCAACAGCUUCUCGAUUUCCCAAGGCGUUGGGCUGAAUUUUUAUCCCCGCAUAAACUGAAGGGAUCAGCUUAUGCCCAGCAGCCACAACCUAGUCAUGGUCAGGCAAGCUCACCCUGUAUUCCAUGUGCAUGAGCAAUGGACUCUGUUUUUUAGCUGCUGUCAACCCAAGCGGAACGCGGGCCUUGUCAUCUUGACUUAUAAAGCAUACCCCAUUCGGUCCAAGCAUGGAAGCUAACUCUUCUAGGUGAUGUAGUGUUGCCGCUGUAAACAAGCGAUCAAUGUGAUUUGCAUGGCAAUCGUUUUGCGCUCUUAUCAGUUUUACUGGGACUGUCGAUACAUGUCGUUGCCCUUCAUGAGAAGAAGUACGUCUUGGCAACAGUCGAAGUCAGAUACUUUUGUUUUCAAGGUUUAGUGGACACUUGUGAGUGACAGCUAGCUGAUAUCCCAACAUUUGUAUUAAAGUUUAUCAGUAAAACAAACCAUGAAAACCCCAAACAAAGGGAGAAAAAGAAAAUUGGAGCCAUCAAGUACAAAUGAAGAUGUGCCAUACUGUGAGAGCCCAAGUAAAGUUUCCAAAAGUGACCAAACAGGUGUCUUUAUUCCAGGAAAUCAUGAAGCUGAGAUGUGCUAUGGAGGAGAAGCUGAUCUACACAAACAUGUUACUGGUUGUAAGAAGAAUCCAGGUCACAAAGGUUUUAUACCUCUUAAAGAUUUCAACAUAAAUUAUCUCCCUUCACGUUACCAUGACGACGACCUCAUUUCUGAGACAAUCAAAACAUUGGCAGCCCUAACUGUCCAGGUAAAGUCUAAAUUCACCAGUCUAAAGAGACCAGAGUUUUACCCAGACACUCAAGUUCCAUAUCCAUGUUAUAAUGACAGAGGAAGUCACGUGAUGAGGUUAGGGACGGGGAGGGUGCAGUAUGUGUACAAGUCCAAAGAGAGAAAUGGACCUUGUGGUUGUGCCAAGUGUCAAGUCUCUGCCACACCCAGCAAAGUGUGGGGGAAGGUUGAUGUGUUGACAGCCACACACGUGGUGUUUGAUGCCAGUGAGGCGAGACAGACCAGGUGUGUUUUAGGUUUUGAUGACAAUAAAAGUCCAGUGGUCAGUCUUGAUGGCUGGCAGAAGGAGGGUAAGGCAGACAUUGAGAGAGACUGGUGUGAGUUGAGUUAUGUGACAUGUGACUUAGAGUUGGUUGAUGAACUGGACAAGAUGUGUGAGAGCUUUUAUGAUCUAUGUGGGAAAGUAAAGGACAAAUACAUGAGAUUUGUUAAUGUGGACAAGUUGACCGUUAUAGUGUCACAUCCUCAUGGCUGUCCUAAACAGGUGUCUGUAGGACAAUGGACUCACAGACGUGAGAGGGAUGUCAAAUGGACCAGGUACUGGUACACAACAUGUACAUGUCCUGGCUCCAGUGGAGCGUAUGUCUACAGGCUGGGAUAUGACGGGGGUUUUUGGUAUCCCCAUCCCCACAGUGGAUCAAACUCUGAAGGAAAUUAUAGUGGUGAGUAUUGUGACUGAUGUAACUGUUAGUUCUCUCCCCUUGUCUACACAAUGUAAACAAACAAAAUGGCGGAACUUUUCCCGUCAUUAAACUGUUUGUGUAAAGACUUGCGUGUGUUGUAAACAUUUUAUAACAUGUAAAUGAUUAAAACAAAUGUUUUGAUUGAUUCAAACCGUUUAACCAUUGUAAUUUGCAUCUACCAUAAUGUAUUUUACGCACUUUACAUGUUUAAUGUUGUAAAUAUUUUGUGUUUAACAAAUGUCGGCAACACUGUUGAUCUAACGUUACCAUGAAUUGUAUCUUUACAUAGAUCUAUUUCAUUUCUUGCUCUUCUUAUUUGUUUACAAAAUUAUUACAUAC